ACGACCGCUUUUUGCGAAUCGAAGGAAAAGAAGCAGAGGAAAAAUUAUUGCUGCGGUUGAAACUGAAUAAAAAGCCAAUAUGAAUUUUAUGAAAUAUAACAUCGUGAUUGUCCUCAUUGCCAUUAUCAUCGCAUCAUCCAGUGUCGCUGACGAAGCAAAAUCAAGUAGCAAACAACAACAGCAUCAGAUCCAACAAUCACAGAAUAAUGUUCCAUUGUCAUCAUCUGUGAAUGAUGCUAAACAGCAAAAUAAACGCCUAGCAUAUUUUGCGCCAUCGAGUACGUUGAGCUCAGGAUUUAAACCAAUCACAUCAAGCUAUCCGACUGUCAGCAAUUUUGUUGCCAACCAUCAUUAUCAGCAGCCUUAUUCAUCAGGAUUAGGGAGUAGUUACGUAAAAUAUCCUUAUGGUAGUCAACAGCAACAACAACAUCAGCAAUUUGUGUCACCAUCAAAUGUCAAGUUUUCAUCACCGUCGAGUGCAUACAAUCGUCCCGCUCCAGUGUCGUAUGGAUAUCAUAAUAACAAUAACAACUACCAACAACUAGCAUUUGCCGCAUCUCAGCCAGCUGCUGUUUCAUAUCUUCAUUCACCAUAUCAACUUGCCCAGCAAAUAUUCACUCAACAACUUCCAUUACAUAAUUAUAAUGUGCAACAACUUACACCAUUCAUUCAUGCUCCGACAAUGGGUUAUUUUGGACCAUAUCAAGCACCUGUGCAAUCACAACAAUUUCAACAAUUCGGAUCGUUGAAUAAAUAUCCACAAAUAUCAACAUUCCAUCAACAACCGCAAACACAUAAUGUGGCUUCUCAACCAUCAUCGUAUAAACACUCACAAUUAAUAACAUCGAAGCCUGUGGCUUUAGAGUCGCCCCUCCCAGCACAUUCUUCAUCAAAUCACGGUGCAUCUCCAUCCUCUCCAUCUUCAUCAUCAUCGCAAUCUGGUGAAGUGCAUCAUAAUCAGCAUGGAGCCAUCAGCUAUUCAACAUUCUUACAACCAUUUGAUAAAUCACACCCACAACUUCCAACAGCUGCAGCAUUAAUUGCCACUCAGCCACCACCUCAUGUAUAUUACCAUCAUCAUCAUAAUCAUCACCAUCAAGCACCACCACAAACAUUUGUCGAUUAUUCCAAGCAUCUUUCAGGUGCAUAUUCCUUACCAAUUGCUACAAAUUAUUAUACAGGAUAUAAUGCUGCACCCAAUGCACAUUAUGGGCAAGCACAGUCACCAGCUAUCCAACCAUAUGCACAUAUAAGUAAAAUUUCUGUCAUACCAACACCAUCUGUACCGACACCACAGGUUGUAUCUGUUUCUGUUGUUCCAACAAUUCCACAAAAAAAUUUCACUGCAUUAGAGAGACAUUUUAGAUAUUAA